UGGUAAAUGAAAAAGAAUCCUAAACCUGAUUUUUUUGUUUUCAGGUGUGUGCUGGUUUUUCCUUACAAAGUUUCCAUGGGCUGUUUGGUAACUAUUUAGAUACUCAAGGCUCUAAGGAAUCAGCUCUCCAGGUGGUAAACUGAAAACCAUCACCUAGGGUUUAAGAGAGGUAGCAGCAGCCUUCAAAUUCUUACUGUAGAAGAGUCAGAUGACCCGCUUCUUUCUUCUAGAGCAAAAUGAUUAACGAAAGCAUCUGGGGAAUUCAGCCAGAUUAUUUACAACUUCAAUAUCAACAUAAGUGUGACUCCAUCAGGUCCAAGCACAAAUUCUGCCCUGUGGUUACCAGAGCCAAGAUAAGUAAUAACCGUGAGUCACUUAGACCCAAACUCUUGGUUGGAUCAUGAACCUGUCAACUCUGUGCCUGCUUCUGCUUUGCUUUCAAUGGAGCAUGAGCUUGAAGUUGUUUUUCAAGUAAUUGUGGCAAUUUGACAUCCUUCCAUACAUUGAUUUUCACCCUGGCGUUCUGAUGAUGUUCAGGUCAUUUAAUAAAAGCUGGCAGCACAGUAAGUGACAAAAGGUACCCUACUGAGGAGAAGACCAUCAGAUCCAAGAAUUGGUUCAUUAGAUGCCUCACCUAAACAACAGAGCUAAUAAAGUGUUUUACUUUGGCUACUACUAUCCAUUGGAUGUCCAUAAUUUAUCCAAAUAGGGAAGCCUUUUGAGAGGGAAAGGGGAUACUAUCAUAAUUAUGCCAGAACAGCUGACCCAAACCAGGACUGAUCCAAACAAACUAGGACGCACAUUCACCUUAGGUAUCAUAAGCCUCCAAUCCAUGAGAGUUCAUUAACUCUUAAUUAUAAACUAGUAAUUCCUUUACUAGUUAAGCUAAAGCUUUUACAGUGGCAAAGACAUCUGAGAGAGGGAGAAAACCCAAGGACAUGUGAGAGAUUUUAGCGAAGUUCUAUCAAGUUAAACGUAUCAAUAUAAGGAUGCAGCCUUAGCUUCUGAUGUAAGGAAAUCAGCCUAAAGGGUUCUGAGGACUCAGGAACAGAAGCUACGUCUAUACCUUUUGUAAAUCUGUCUAGCACGUGAUGAAAUACUCCACGCACUGUCUUUACCUACUGAGGGCUAAUGAACUAAAGCAGGACGAUAUCUUCAAUUUGUUAAAAGAUUAUCCUGGUCAGUCAUAACGUAAUGAUGGAAAUCAAUAGGUUAUAUGAAUUGACUGCUUACUAUGUACCUGGCAUAGUGUACUAAUUCCUUAAUAUGUAUUUGCUCUUUAAAUUCCCCAGUGAUCCUAUAUGAGAGAUACUACUGCUUUUCUCCUUUAUUUCCCCACUGAUGAGAAAAUUGAGGCUUAAGGAGGUUAAGUCAUUCAUCCAAGGUGGGACAGUGCAUACUGGGAUUCUUAGAUCAGUCAGACUCUUAGUGAUUCUUUUAUUUUAUGUCUCCUCCUCUGCACCUCCCAGGGCUCUUUUAUUGCCAGAUGAACUCAGCUAGCUCAAACAAGGGACGUUUACCGACGGGAUUGUGGACAAUCCCUUGGACACCAAGGGCAGCAAAGCAAAUACGCUCAGAGGCUGAGAACGGUGUGGAGGAGAAAAAGAAGGUCUGCAGGUCGCCAACAGCCCUGUCCCCUGCCCCGUCCAGCGAGGCCGAGUCUCCAGACCAGAAGAGAAUCAUUUCCCUGCGGUCCAAAUCCAGCUUUGACGGUGCCUCUUUAGCAAGCGAGAAGAACGACUGUAAGACAGAAAGCAAGAAUGACGCGAAGAUUGAAAGGAAAAAGUCCUCCUCAUCCAGCCAGGACAAAGCCAACAUGCAUUUCCACAAGCUGUUUCUGGAUGUCCCCACGGAGGAACCCCUGAAGCAAAGUUUUACCUGUGCCCUGCAAAAAGAAAUAUUAUACCAGGGGAAGCUCUUUGUAUCAGACAACUGGAUUUGUUUUCAUUCCAAGGUCUUUGGAAAAGACACUAAGAUCUCGAUUCCAGCUUUCUCGGUAACCCUGAUAAAGAAAACCAAAACUGCCCUUCUGGUGCCAAAUGCCCUGAUUAUAGCGACGGUCACAGACAGGUACAUAUUUGUCUCCUUACUCUCCAGAGAUUCAACUUACAAACUGCUAAAAUCUGUGUGUGGACACUUAGAAAAUGCAAGCAUUGGCAACAGCCCCAAUCCGUCUUCCCUUGAAAACAGUUUCCGGGCAGACCGCCCUUCAUCUCUGCCUCUGGAUUUCAACGAUGAAUUCUCGGAUCUGGAUGGAGUGGUUCGGCAAAGAAGGCAGGACAUGGAGGGAUACAGCAGUUCUGGAUCUCAGACUCCUGAAUCUGAGAACUCUCGAGAUUUCCAUGUGACAGAAUCCCAGACAGUUCUCAACGUGUCCAAGGGAGAAGCAAAACCAACUCGGACAGAUGCCCUCGUGAACAGAGUGCCUGAAGGCAAAGCCAAGAGUCUUCCCACACAUGGUCAGUCGGAACUCAGUGGAAUUGUACACAGAGUAAAGUCUCAGAAAUGUCCAACUCUCCACCAGAUUCUUAUAUUCUAUGCAAUUGUUGUCUGCGCACUAAUCAUCUCGACCUUCUACAUGAGAUACAGAAUUAAUACGCUGGAGGAACAGCUGGGGUCACUCACCUCCACUGUGGACACCCACCAGCCCGAACAGCCAGCCCCCUCCGGCCUGGGAUCACAAGUGCAGUUAAACGUGGAAGUCCUCUGCCAAGAGCUUACAGCCAACAUAAUGAGAUUGGAAAAGAUACAAAACAACUUACAAAAGCUGCUCGAGAAUGGUGACUGACCGCCCAGAUGGCUUGGGCCAAUGGAAUACCUCGCACUUUCCCUUUGAAGUAGGUGCUCCCCGAGGCGUUCUGGUGGAGCGCCCCCUUCUGGCCAGAAGAGUGAGCAGACGGGCGUCCCCAGCCUCGCUUGCCCCUGGUGGUCUCCGGCUCAGCAAAACGGAAAGGGAAUAAUUUUGGUUCCCGUGCAAUAAAAGUGGACCUUCACUCUCUGAGGAAGUUUUCAAUGCUGCUGCCUGAAGAAAACAGACCCAUCUCUGGAGGUCUCAGGAAGGGCCCAGUGGACAUCCUUGGAUGGUUGUGAUUUAGCAGGUUCAUGGGACUGUCAGCAAAUACACUCCACUCCAGGCCUUUUGAGCCCUCUCUGCCCUCCUUUGCUCUCCUGUACACCCCUCUUAACCGACCUGCAAACUAAGGGAUGGAUAGAUCAUGUGCCAACAAACUUGAUUGAUGGAGUUCUUUAAAGAAUUAGCCAUGGCUCUCCAAAAAGAAAAAAAAAAAAAAAAAAACGGACAGACUUGCUUUAAACAAAUAACAUUUUAGUCUGUGUUUCUUCUGUUCACGUGUUCUGGUUUAAGUCGCCUGUGUAUAUUAACUUCUCGGUGGAGUACUGGCAAGAUUAUCAGACAAAACAGCUUAAACUAUCCCAUUUUGUGUUCUGUUCCUCUAGCUAAUAACUUAAUAGAACUGAUUCUCACCCAGCCCAGGUCAAGAAUCUGUGAGACGUGAAACUGAAGUACUAAUUCAACUUACUUUGAAACCAAAACUAAUGUUUAAACCAAAAAGCAUAAUAGUGAUUUUGAGGCAAGAUGAAAAACUGCAUUUUAAAAAUUGUAGGUGGACUGUUUUCAUUUCGAAGCAGAAUGUCUGUUGUGAAUGCUGAAACCCAUUUCAGGAUGAUGAUAGCAUGCUUUUCUCUUUUGCUGACUAAAAUAUAUAUGGUGGUUUGCUAACUUCUAUUGACCAUAUGGGCUGGCUGGUUUUUAUUAAUAAUUAUUUAGGUACCCUAAGAUCUAUAAUAUAAAAGAUAUUCUGUUUAUCUACAAUGCAUUUUAUAAUCAUUUCUAUGAAAUGUAUUUUGUUUAAUCGAAUAAGCUAAUAAGUGAAUUGGUUACAUCAUUUGUAUUUGUUAGCCUACCAGACAAGAAUCAUGCCUGGUGUACCCCUGGCUUUUAAUAAAUACUCAUUGGUUAAAAUGUCCUGCUAA